CCUGGCAACCCCCUUCGGCCUUCGCCCACGUGAAAAGAAGAAGAAAACACGGGCAAGUCGACUCUCCUCCCCUCGCCGUCACCAAUGGCCUUCAUCGGCGGCGCCCUUGCCGUCGCCUUCCUUCUCCCUCUCCUUGCCAGUGCCUCCGACACUGGCUACAAGUACCAAGUGGAAGACCCGGUUACGCUCUGGGUGAACAAGGUUGGUCCCUAUAACAAUCCGCAGGAGACGUACAACUACCACAGCCUUCCAUUCUGCCACAGAUCAGAUAACACUGUGCAUAAAUGGGGAGUGCUUGGGGAGGUCCUUGGUGGCAAUGAACUGAUAGAUAGCCAGAUUAAAAUAAAUUUCAGAAAAAGUGUUGAUAAGAGCACCAUAUGUUCGAUGGAACUUGAUCCUGAUAAGGCCAAGCAAUUAUCCGACGCAAUUAAGAACUCAUACUGGUUUGAAUUCUUCAUUGAUGAUUUGCCUCUGUGGGGUUUUGUUGGAGAGGCAGUUAGAAACGCCGGUAACAAAUAUUUUCUUUUCACUCACAAGAAUAUUGUGAUAAGAUACAAUGGCAAUCAGAUUAUCCAUGUCAAUCUUACUCAAGAAAGUCCAAAGCUUAUUGAUGCGGGUAAGGCGUUCGAUAUGACAUAUUCUGUGAAGUGGGAACCAACCAAUAUUAUGUUUGCUCAUCGCUUUGAUGUCUACCUUGACUAUCCUUUUUUUGAACACCAGAUUCAUUGGUUCUCAAUCUUCAACUCUUUUAUGAUGGUUAUCUUUCUCAGUGGGCUAGUAUCGAUGAUACUGAUGCGCACCCUAAGAACUGAUUAUGCUAAGUAUGCACGUGACGAUGAUGAUCUGGAAACUCUGGAAAGAGAUGUCAAUGAAGAAUCUGGGUGGAAGCUUGUACACGGGGAUGUUUUCCGGCCUCCUCGCAGUUUAGCUCUUCUUUCAGCUCUUGUCGGCAUUGGUACACAGUUGUCCGCUCUUAUUCUGCUAGUGAUUUUAUUGGCAAUCAUCGGAAUGCUGUACAUUGGACGAGGAGCUAUUGUCACAACAUUCAUUGUUUGCUAUGCCCUUACUUCAUUCAUUUCUGGAUAUGUUAGUGGUGCACUCUAUACACAGCAUGGAGGAAAAAACUGGAUCAAGCCAAUGAUCAUGACAGCAUCACUCUUUCCAUUUAUGUGCUUUGGAAUUGGCCUAGCGCUCAACACUAUUGCUAUAUUCUAUGGAUCAUUAGCCGCCAUACCAUUUGGCACAAUGGUGGUUAUGUUCAUCCUGUGGGCCUUCAUCUCUUUUCCUCUUGUUCUUUUGGGAACUGUUGUUGGUAGAAACUGUAGUGGUGCCCCAAGUAAUCCAUGCAGAGUGAAGACUAUUCCCCGUCCUAUCCCUGAGAAGAAAUGGUAUCUCACUCCUUCUGUUAUUGCUCUAAUGGGAGGAUUGCUUCCUUUCGGCAGUAUAUUUAUUGAGAUGUACUUUGUCUUCACGUCGUUUUGGAAUUACAAGGUCUACUAUGUAUAUGGAUUCAUUUUGCUGGUCUUUCUGAUCCUCAUAAUUGUCACCAUCUGUGUAACAAUUGUUGGCACAUACUUCUUGCUAAAUGCUGAGAAUUACCACUGGCAAUGGACUUCAUUCUUCUCCGCUGCUUCCACUGCUGUGUAUGUUUACCUCUACUCCAUAUAUUACUACAAUGUGAAGACCAAGAUGUCAGGAUUCUUCCAGACAAGCUUUUACUUCGGUUACACUCUGAUGUUCUGCCUGGGUUUGGGGACACUUUGCGGUGCUGUAGGAUAUCUUGGAUCUACAUUGUUUGUGAGAAGGAUAUACAGGAAUAUAAAGUGUGACUAAAGAGUGCCCUAGUUAUACUCCUGAGGAGGUACUGUCAAGCUCUGGGGCCAAGAAGCCAAGGCACUUUGUGGAAUCCAAUCUUUCUCUGACAAUAAGUUGCGUCCCUUGGUUUUAUUUUCUUAUCCUUUUUGUUCCCUUGACGGUUUGACCCCUCCUUCGGGUCUAUAGGCAACAAAUUUCCAUGCUUAAUUAGCUACAUAGCCGUGAUUAUAGAUGAUGAGUAGUAGAUCUGUAGUAAUAUACAACAAUUGUCAUUUUAAAACAAAUGAGACCUGUUUUUUUUUUGAA